UUGUUUCAGAAACUAUGUCGGGAGUUGCUUUACAGUAGGAUCAAUGGAAAUGGAGGAACGACUCAUGGCUUGAUAAUAGAAGGAUAUCCAAGAACCGAAGCCCAACUAGCUGAUAUUCAAGCAGUUUUGGGUAGACUCGAUCUCGCAAUACUUGUGGAUUGUACGGAGCAGUUCUGCAUAGACAACAUUGCGAAGAAGUUCCAAGGAAACCAAAGUAUGGUGGAAGACUCGCCAGAAGUUGUAAAGACUAGGAUGGCUCUCUUCAAACAGAACACGUUACCAAUGUUAAAGUCUCUAGACGAGAAAGGCAUUUUGCGUGUGGUUGAACCUUUGUUUUGCGGGGUGCAGGGGUGCACUCAUGUAUCAAUCAAAAGACUACGGAUCAAAAGCCUCAAUGUAGCACGAACUUUUGGCAUUCACAUCACGGAGGGAUAA